GGGUGAGUGACGGGCGGCCACAUCCUCUUCGUCCGAGCCGCCAGACGCUGCCGUCCCCGGGGAAGAUGCGCCUCAAGAGUCCCACCGGAUCGGAGUGGAGUUGAGGAGAAUCCACGGGUGGAAAGUUACACGAGUUGUCGGACGGAGCGGACAGGUGCCUUCUCUACCUUCCUCGCCGCCCUCACCCCCCCCCCCCCCCCCCCCCCACCCGCACCGAGCCAUGCUGUGGACGCGGUGGGUUCUGCUGCUGCUCUGCUGGGGGGCCGCCGGCGGCCAGCGUCCGCAGCGGCAGCCCGAGGAGGGCGACUCGUCCCCGGGUGCCGAGCGAGCGGACUCCCGUAGGCAGCGGUCGCCGCCCCCGGUGGAGCCGCUGGAUUUCGGCUUCGUCCCCGCAGCCGUGUACGAUACGCACGCGUACUACGAAGCCGGGGCCAUCGGGAUCCUCUUCCACAUGGUCCACGCCUUCCUUUACGCUGUUCAGCCCAACUUCUUCCCAAAAGAUCUGAUUGUUCAAGUCAUUCAGCAAAACAUGGGAGGGAUUAAAGUAGAAGAAUGGAAAAAGCCAGAGAACGUGGUCCUCCUGCUCCAGUGGGUGUACUACGAGGCCGGGUUCCUGGUGUGCGCGGCCAUCGGCAUCGUCUUUGUGGUCCUCGUCCCCGUGUUCGGCAUGUGCUUCUGCGUGUGUCGGUGCUGCGAGAAUUGCGGCGGCGAGAUGCACCAGAGGCAGAGGAAGAACGCUGACUGCCAGCGAGGUUUCUUCACUGCCUCGCUCCUCGCCACCACCAUCUUCAUCACCGUGGGGGUCCUGGUAGCCUACGCGGCCAACCACAACAUCAGCUCCCACAUCAAGAGCACCCGGCGCUUCAUCAACACCAACAUGAGGGACCUGAAGAUGUUUGCCAACAACACGCCUGCGCAAAUCGAAUACCUGACAGGACAGUACACCACGGCCAAGAACAAAGUCCUGUCUGAGCUGGACAACAUUGGACCCUUGCUGGGGGGGAGGAUUCACAGCCAGUUGGAGAAGGAGGUGGUCCCCUCCCUGGACAGCGCCCUGCGAAUGGCAGGAGCUAAAGUUGAGAAUGCGGUCAAAGCCAUGCGGGAGACCAAGGAGGCCCUGGAGAGCGUCAGCUCCUCGCUGCAGGUCCUUCAGGAGGGCACGGAGAAGCUGAAGGACAGCCUGGUCGGAGAGCGGGCGUCGCUGUCCAACACCUUGUCCGACCCGGCCUGCACCAACGGCGCCGUGUCGCCCAGCUGCAACGCCAUCCGCUCCACGCUCUUCCAGCUGGGGAUCAACGCCGACUUCGCCAAGCUCCCGGAUGUCAGCCACGCCUUGGCGAAUGUCCAAACUGUCCUGAAGACCGACCUCAGCAACGUGGUCCAAAAGGGAUACUCAUCCUUCAAUGACACGCCAAGGCUGGUCAAAGAGCAGACCAGGAAUAUCCUAUCAGCACUACCCCGAGUCAAAGCCAUGCUGGACAAGAUCGGCUCGGACAUCAACGGCUUCGCCAAGAUGUUUCCGGUGGAAGCGUCGCUGGUCAACUUCACGGUUUUCCUGAACGAUGGACAGAAGAAGAUGGAGUCUUAUUACCCUCAGAUCGACCAGAUGGAUUUCUACAGGUGGAUCGGCUGCGUGGCGGUGCUCUGCAUGGUGGUCCUCAUCCUGGCCUUCAACAUCCUGGGUCUGCUCUGCGGCGCCUGCGGCUAUGACAAGCAGGCCACGCCCACCACCCGCGGCUGCCUGUCCAACACGGGAGGAAACCUGCUCAUGGCCGGGGUGGGCUUCUCCUUCAUCUUCUCCUGGGUGCUGAUGGCCAUCGUGACCACGCUGUUUGUUGUCGGGGGCAACCUGGAGAAGCUGAUGUGUGAGCCGUUGGCCAAUAGGCAGCUCUUCAAGAUCAUCGACACGCCAUUCCUGGUCCAUCCGGCCAAGAAGAACUUCCUUCCUGGGAUGCUGUUCCAGAACCCAAACAUUGACCUGACCCUGGGAAGCAUGUACAGGGAGUGCUACGAGAACAACGGCCUGUACCACGCCCUGCAGCUGGAGACCAUGUUCAACGUGAACUCCUUCCUCAACAGAACUGUGUACAACAAGGAUGUGGCCAAAGUGCUGGAGGGCGUGCAGGUGGACCUGCAGGACAUCACGCUGCUGGAGCAGGCGGGCAGAGACAACCUCAUCAACUUUGCCAAUUCUGGCAUCGGACUCAUCGACUACGAUGCGUACCUGGCCGAGGUCAAUAGGGGCGUCACACUGGUGGAUCUUCUCACCUUCUCCACUGACUUGGAAGCUCAGGCCGACCAGCUGCCCCGUGGAGCUCUGGAGAACGCCCUGAAAGGUCACGCCAGCAGCAUCAGGCAGAUUCACAGGGAACACGUCAUCCCCAUGGAGCAAGCCAUGAAGUACGUGCGUGCCAGGAGCACCUUGAGCCAGAGCAUCAAGCUGCUGCAACGAACCUCCAGUGACCUCCCGGUCAAGGUCACCAACAUCCUGAGCGCCAUCGACGCGUCCGAGUACCUCAUCACUCACAACGCCUCGCAUGUGGUCAAGCUGGAAACAAAAGGCUACGUUGAAAGCUUGGUGGGAUACUUCAAGCAGUACACGGACUGGGUACACAACUCUCUGACUGCAGAGGUGGCCCAGUGUAAGCCCAUCAGCAACAUCGUGGACAGCAUGGAGAUCGUAGCGUGCAGUUUCAUCGUGGACUCGGUGAACACGUUCUGGUUCGGUCUGGGAGCCUGCAGCAUCCUCCUGAUCCCCAGCAUCAUCUUCUCCAUCAAACUGGCCAAAUACUACAGGAGGAUGGACACGGAGGAUGUCUUUGAAGACGGACAUGACAACUGGAACUGAAGCCCCGCCCCUUCCUGACUCGGCCUCUCCAUUUCCUCCAUCCUUCCGCCGUUCCUCUUCAAGUCUUCGUGGAAUGAUUCUGCUACCAAAAGGGAAGAAAGUCCGCAACAACGUGGAGCUGUCGAUUUGUCAACGCAGCCCCAUCCAUCAAACCUUCAUCAUCAUCAUCAUCAUCAUCAUCAUCAUCAUCACUUCCAUCACAUGGACUAUACGUCACUGCUUCCAUGUGCAUUUGGGACGUGUUACUUCUUGGAGAUAGAAUAUGUGUCUUUGCUGUGAGAGCAUCUUUUGGGCUCAGUGGAGGACCAACUUAGCUUCUAGAAGAUUAGCUUGGGGAGCCCAGACUUUGGUCUGCCAAUCAGGAACAAUCUUUCUUUUUUAUCUUGCUGUCAGAUAUACCAUGGCAAAGAAUAUCAAAGUCCACUUUAGCUUAGCUUAGCAUAACUUAGUUUAGCUUAGCCUAGAUUAGCUUAGCACCAAGGACGUGAUCAUAAGAUGAUCAGAUCAUGUUGGGUUUGCUGUUGAUUGGGACAAAGACAGAAAGAAACAACUGGAAUGUGACAUCAUCCCAACGUUCUUCCAUCCAUCCAUCUAUCCAUCCUCCCAUCCAUCAACCAUCCAUCCAUCCAUCCAUCAUCCACCCAUUCAUCCACCUAUCCAUCCACCCACCCAACCAUCCAUCCAUCUACCCAUCCAACCAUCAACCAUCCAUCCACCCACCCAUCCAUCCAUCAACCAUCCAUCCACCAUCCAUCCAUCCAUCCAUCCAUCCAUCCAUUUUCUGCACCGCUUCUCCUCACCAGUUAUGCUGGAGCCUAUCCCAACAUGAUGAGGAAAAACAAUGUCCUGUGUGAAAACAUAUUUUGUUAAAAGUUUUAAUAUGAGAAAGAAAAGAACGUUUUUGCAAAAUGAAUGUGGUAGAAAAGAGAAAAGUUAGAAUAUGAAUUUUAUUAUGAAUUUCCAUUUUCCAAGAAAAAGUGGUAAACGAACAAGAAGAAGAAAAAUAAAUCCGGUACCUCCUCUGCCCGAUUCCAAAGCUCAUACAGGAAGUUUACAACUUUAUUUUCAUAUGUUUUUAUUAGCACAAUAAAUAUGUAAAUGUAUGAGAAAGAAGGUCAUAUUAGCUUUGCCAAAGGUCAUCGUGUUACAUUUUAUUCUUCUUCUUUUCCAGAAAAAAACUCAUCAUACCGCAUGAAUAAAGUCUUAUAUUUAGGAGAAUAAAGUCCUUCAUUUACCAGAAAUUUACCAGAAAAACUUGCACUUUUCUCAUAAGUGUUGUUGUCUUCUUCUGGUGGACCCAAUGUUGUGGUCUGGUCUGGUCUGGUCUGGUGACCAUACCAUCAUGAAGACACAAUGACACACA